AUGUUGCUCUACACCUCCUUCCCAGCUGAUGUAUUUCAAGUUGUGGUAAAUAUGCUGUACAGAAUGGCACCAUUUAACUACUACGCUGGAUGGACUGUGAACUGUUUCUCUAUUGAGGAUCAAUUACUGAUUACAUUGAUGAAGCUGCGUCUAAAUUGCCGUGAUCUGGAUUUAUCAGUUAGAUUUGUAACAAGCAGGGCCACUAUUUCGAACAUUUUUAACACUUACGUUUCAGUUUUGCACGAAAUUUUCGUUGAUGGAAUUCUGAAUGAAGUAGGUAUUCCUAGUCAGCUUAAGUGUAAAGGGUCAAUGCCUAAGUCAUUUGAAGAGUUUGCAUCUGCUCGUAUAGCUAUGGAUGCUACAGAAAUUUUGCAAGAUGUUCCUUCAGACAUGAAUUCACAGUCCCUCUCUUACAGUAAUUAUAAGAGCAGACACACUGUCAAGGCAGUCACAUGCGUUUCACCAAAUGGUGCACUAGUAUACUCUUCGGACUUGUAUCCUGGGUCUACUUCGGAUGCAGCCAUUGUAGAUCACUGUGGAGUGUUGAAUCAGCUUCAACCAGGAGACCUCAUAUUAGCAGAUAAGGGUUUUAACAUUUUUGACAAGCUUCCUUCUGGUGUUUCCUUAAACAUUCCACCAUUCCUGUCACAGAAGGCACACUUCACAAAGGAGGAGGCUGCACUGUGCUACAAAAUAGGGAAAGCCAGGAUUCAUGUUGAGAGAGCAAAUGAACGCAUCAAAAACUAUGAUAUUCUAAAUCACAUUCCUGCUCAAUAUCGACACAUUUCGACCAAAAUUUUUCAGCUAUGUUGUUGUUUCAUAAACCUUCAAGCACCUCUUUUUAAGGAAAUUGCUGACAAAUAUGAAAUUUAG